AUGCGAUCCGUUGUAGAGAUUGGGGCUAGUGUCCCAGCGUUUCUGGGAAAAUUAUGGAAAUUAGUAAAUGAUACCGAGACAAAUCAUCUGAUUUCUUGGAGCCCUGCUGGAAAAACAUUUGUUAUAAAGAAUCAAGCUGAUUUUGCAAGAGAACUUCUACCUUUAUAUUACAAACAUAAUAAUAUGGCAAGUUUCAUCAGACAAUUGAACAUGUAUGGUUUUCAUAAAAUAACUUCUGUUGAGAAUGGAGGUUUGAGAUAUGAAAAGGAUGAAAUAGAGUUUUCACAUCCAUGUUUUAUGAAGGGUCAUGCUUAUUUACUUGAACAUAUCAAAAGGAAGAUUGCUAAUCCCAAAUCAAUUGUAACAAGUAAUGAAAGUGGAGAAAAGAUAUUGGUAAAACCGGAGUUGAUGAACAAAGUGCUUGCUGAUGUCAAACAAAUGAAAGGUAAACAAGAAAGCCUUGAUGCCAAGUUUAGUGCCAUGAAGCAGGAGAAUGAAGCCCUCUGGCGGGAAGUGGCAAUACUCAGGCAGAAGCAUAUAAAGCAGCAACAAAUUGUGAACAAUCUUAUUCAAUUUCUUAUGUCGUUGGUCCAACCUACUCGUCCACCAAAUGCUAGUGGAAAUAAUGUUGGUGUUAAGAGGCCCUACCAGUUAAUGAUUAAUAAUGCAGCAUACAAUGCCAACACUGAUCCUUCAUACCCUGGAAGAUUAAAAAAUAUUAAAUUGGACAAAGAUGCUUUAAUGGAAGACUUGAAUGAUGACAAUUUGGAGGAUGGGCCUACUAUUCAUGAGUUAGCUCAUGAUGAUAUUUUGCACACGGAAACUUCUCAAGAUGCCCUGGAUCCUAGCAGUUUUGUUACUAUUGACAUGAAUAACACAGUUACUAGAGGGCACAGUCCAAAUGAUCCCUUGUCCUCAAUACAGUAUCAUGUUACAAUGGAAGAUGGAGAUGACAUAGAUACAGGUGGUAACAGGGUGGUUUAUCCUAUUUGCCGAAGUAAUGGCUUUCCAAGUACAGAUGUACUGCCUGUUAUUACAUCACCACCACCCACUCAAGUUAAUCCAUCCUCACCUAUGGAUCAUGUUACGAUGGUUCCUAUGGCAAACAACAUUAUAUUGUCUCCUACCCCAGGCACAUCAAAGUCAAGGACUAAGAGUAAGAACUCCCAAGCAAGUGGUAAAACUCUAAUUUCUCCCACCAACUUCAACACAAUAAAUCCUUCAGCUGAUUUAAAACUUCCAGCUGAGAUAUUUGCUAGUGAUGAUUCUGUAAGUGACACAGGUGUUGUAAGUGCAGAAGAUGCAACAAUACAGAAUAUUUUACAAGAUGUUUCAGUUGAUCCAAUGGCAUCCACUUCAAAAGACAAAAUGUUUGGCGGUAUAAACAUUAAAGUGGAAAAACCAACAGAAGUUUCUAAAGCAUCCAAGAAAUCUAGGAAGCCAACCAACAAAGAUGCACAUGAAAAUGUUAAUUUAAGUGAUAUAAAGACUGAAUUACAAGAUGACUUUGACUGGAAUAAUAUGACUCUUGCUACAGUCAAUAACAACCCUAAUGUCAACAGGUUUCAAAACAGGAAUAGGAGAGAUAACAUCAGCAAAAAUCGGGAGGAAUGUUCUUCCCUCUUUGGAACAAAUUCAAACAAGAAUGACAUUGAUGAUCACUUAGAUGCGAUGCAAUCCGAUAUUGAAUCGUUGAGGGAGCUGCUCAGAAGCGACAACUACGCUCUUGAUACCAGCACACUAUUGGGGAAUGGUGAAGCAGGACUAGGACCUUCGAUGUCCUUGGCCAUUUCUGCUCGUCAUCAACCACCAAAUGAUUAUCUAUUUGGAUCGGACGAUCCUUUCUAUGGACUGACCUUCAACUCGUCGGACGACAAGUCGAAAACAUCGACAAACAGCGAUACAACCAAACAGUAUCCGAUGAUUGAUUUUGAUUGGCUGAUCAAUAACAGCGAAGCCUCGCCUGCAAAGUAGCCAUGGCUACGUCGUUCAAGAUAUUUGCAAUGCUGUGCACGUCAUGUCCGCAGUGGCAUGACGUGUUGGAAAUUUUGGUAAUGGGGUAAAAUAGUGCUGGUGGUUCCGGUAACCGGUUAGCGGCACGCGUUGGGGGCAACGUUGUUACCUUCCAUCUACAGUCUACGUCAUGUUCCUGUGAACACUGUUAUUUUGUAAAUAUUAUACUACCUGUGCAGAUUUCCAUCACAUAAGUUUUGUUUCAUCACAUAUCUUAAUUUAGUUAUAUGAUCACGAUAGUAUAGGGAUGCAGAAGCGGUAUUAUUUUUAUAUGUUUAAACGAAUAUCAUUUGUUGCGACAUAUAAAUUGUUUGACAACUUGUGGUUAAUUCAUCUCGGUUUUGAUAAUUCCGUGGACAGUGUAGCGUUCUAGAUUUUAAGUCAAUAUGUUAUAAAAGUACCUAUAACUGUAUUUUAUUGUUAAUUAAAGCAAAGAAGCAGAGAGGUGAAAUUUCGAAUGUAAGAAGUGACGACUCUCGCGACCAGCAGUUUAUAGAAGAUGAUGGUAUUCAUUCUAUUAUUAUAUCCCUCAAUAGUAGCCUACAUAAGUAUUUUUAUUUGCACGAUUGAAAAAUAGAUUACAUAUCAAUUAUUUUAUUAUUUAUACAGGAUCAUUUUGACAUAACGAUACUAAAUAAAACCACAUACUUAUCUGAAAAAUAACACUACAAUAAGUUACUCGAACCGUAAAAUAACAAAAAUGUAUGAUUUGAACAAAAUAAAUAUGAAUAAAGAAUACAUUUAUUUUGACACGCUCUAAUGCCACUACUGCUAUUCUCAAAGAACUCAUCGCAGCGGCAACAUCACUCUGUCAGUCAGAAAUACACUCACGCAUAUAGCAUAUUCGCAAUAGCAAAAAAAUAAUAACAGAAAAAUAAUUAUUCUUGCACGACUUUUGGUCCAAUGCUAGCAAAGGUAAAGACGAGUAUGUGGUUUCAUUUAGUAACGCAAUGACAAAAUCAUUAUGUAUGUUAUUUUUACGUUAUUUAAAACGCUUCUUAUGGCAUUUAAGAUUUUAUGGACGUAUGGUGAGAAGCUUAAAUAAAACAAUUUGUUCUAGGCAGUUGAGAAUAUAUUGUGUGAAACAUGUGGUCCCAACUGUCUGUUACAAAUUAUGAUAACUUCAGGGUUGCAACGUUGCAAUUUUUCAAAUAAACAAUUGUUUUUUGCUUUUAAAUUUGGGAGGGACAGCCAUCAGACUUCAUAGUUUUUCUAUUAAUUUUAUGUCAUAAUAAGACCAACGUGAUUUAAACUUUAAAGAUUUCAUUUUAUCUCCAUAGAAUGAUGCCCUUAGGAUUCUUUUAUUGUUGAGGUGUAUUUACUGUUGCUUUUAUUUUCCUUCGUAUUACCAUCUAUUUAUAAGCUGUGUUUUAAAAGUAAUGUUGGUGUAGGUUAUUAGUUAUAACGUAAACAUAGAGUUAAAUAUUAAUUAAGAAUUUUUAAAUAAUUAGAUAUGUUGGCUUAUUAUGAUGUUAUAUAUUUUAUGGCAUGAUUAGAAAGUUUAUUUAGUAGAUAUGUAGAUUUAAUAAUAUCAGUGUGCAAAUUCAUAUAGAAUGCCAUCAGAUUUUGCUGUCCACUAUACAGUAUACAGACUUCGAUGACAUUAUAUGAAUCUGAACAUUGUGACUAUAUUAUAGCGAUUUUUUAUCUGUUAUUAUUAUUAUAAGCUUUUCGAUACUGUAUAGAAAUUAAUUUUGAGGGUCUUGUCUGCAGUCGAGAAUGUAUACAAAGUAGAUAUAAAGUUAAACGAGUAGGUAUAUUUUUUUAUUUUAGUACCUAUAUUAUUAUACUUUGUCACACAAUUAUUUAUGUCCCUUACGUAUUAAGACACAUCGUGUACGUUGUACUGACAGCUCUAUUUAGAAUAGUUAUAGAAAUUAAUAUAUUUUAUAGCAUUAUACAAUGGAAUUUAAUUGUUGUUUUUGGGAACUUUCAGUUGAAGGGAAUCAGCUAAUCUCGUAUACAGGGAAUAUUCCAGACUUUGAGGAUAUAAACAUGCCGGAUCUAGAGUGUGAGAACUCGCAGGACUCGUGCCUGUCGCCGUCCGUCAGCUCCACGCUCAACACGCCGCAGGUGCAGGCGCGCUCGCCUUCCUUCACACUCAAGCACUGAGGCCACCAACACUUGUGACCCUGGCAUUGGCGACGGUCACCACUUACCAUCAUCGUCUACAUCUAAUGAAAAAAAACAACGCUCAUACUAAAGUGCGGAGAAAUUUAUCAACGUGCGUAUUUAUGAAAACACUUGUAGUUAGGAAUGUUGUAUUUAUAUUGUAUAUACAUUAUACAUACUGUAAAAUGUAAUAAGGAAGGUUCAUAGCACAAUAACUUCAUUUUCCAUAGACCUCCGACUUCUCAUUAAAAUGAUUUAUAUUGAAACGAUAUUAAAAACUUGCUUAGUCCUAUUAUGCUUUGCUGUGUGAUGUCAGAUUAAGACAAAGGAACAUAUCUGAAAUUAAACAAAUGAUGCUUAAUUUUUGUAUGGCUAUUUCAUAUUCAUUUGAUUCGUAAUGCCUUUGAUCCAGUUUUUAACCGGCUUCAAAAAAGGGGCGAGAUUCUCAAUUCGUAGUGUAUUUUUUUAAUGUUUGUUAAAAUAAUAUCAGAUGCAUCCAAAAGAAUUUUUAUUAAAAUCAGUUUAGUGGUUUGGUUUUUAAAUAUUAAAUUAGUUUUUAGAUACUAAUUCAAUUACAUGGUUCCAAUGGGCAGUAGUAAUUAGGCACAGUGGGACAAAUAAUCAGAAGCUUCAUCUAGUUAUUGCGAACUGACUGAAUUUCGGAUCUCUAUGCAAAAUAAGUCACGUAUAAGUGCUAAUGCUAGCAUGAAUAUUAUGUCUAUAUUAUUUUAUUAUCAACGCUCCUUACGGGAUUAUUGGGUAGUUAUUAGUUGCCCUCAAAUUAGACAUCACAUUUUAAUAUCUUGACGUGGAAAUUAUUGAUAGUUUCGAGUAUAUCAGCCCUACACAAAACUGUAAAAUAGGAUAAACAGGUAUCACAAUGCUUAAAGAUUUGACACUUCGAUCGAUAUUAUUACUCAGAUAAAUCGAUUUAAAUAAAAUCAUAUAUUUUUUUGUGAACUUUUAUAUGAAAAGGAAUAUAAAUUAUAAAUGUUUAACUCUAUUCCACAUCAUAAUUUAAAAUUUUACAAACUAGUGCAACCGACAUGACAAAAUGGUGAUUCUUAAUUACACCUACUGUGUUUGACAUGUACAUAUACCUCUAUCGGUCUAAGUGUUUCAAAUCUUUACAUAGUUUGGUACUUAUCCUGUUUUACAGUACCGAAAUAAAGAUUUAAAACCUUAAUACAUGUAGAAUUUGAUAAUUAUUGUGAUUUUGCCGGAAUAGUGUAGAUUCUCAUAUGUAGAAUGUGUAUAGGUCGUUACGAAAGUUUUGAAAUUACCCCCAUGACAUUAAAAAAACUUAAGAUUUACAAUACACUGUAGGUUUUUAAAGCUGUUGGUGAACUUGCUCACUGUAAGCAAUUUAUAAAUGAAACUGUUCGUAUAAAUAAGCAUUGGAGCACAUAGGAAAAUGUAAAAUUGCAUUAACCAAGACUUAUGAACUCUUAUACUGAAGCCUUGUUAUUUGACUGAGAAUGUAAAGGUAGCCAGGUCACUUUACAGAAUGAGGAAUCUCAAAACUUUCGUAAUGUCUUAAGUAAACAACAGUUUAAAGACAAAUUUGAAGACAAUUGCAAAUCGAAGGGAUAAUUAAUUUGUUUCUUUUUUUUUAAUAUGAUAUGCAUUUUUGAAACUCAAUGCCUUUUCAUGAUAAUAUUAUAAACCAUUUUAACUAGAUUGCCUAUUUCAUCAAUAGUCGUCGCUUUGGUGCCUUAACAUUAUUAAAAUAAUAUAUACAAUAUACAUAUAUGCAUGUUAUGUAAUAAAUAUAAGUAAUAUGAACAUAAUGUCGUUUUGUAAAUUGUUUCUAGUAACUAUACAUUGGAAAAACAAGGUCGAUUACCGCAAGCUAGUACGUUCACAGUACUCACUCACACUAAUAAAUAUUUAUAAAGUAUGUAAAAAAAUAUUUCAUAUUAUGGUUGAAGGCACAGAUAUUAGAAACAAAACAUGACGCUUUUUUUCACAUUAAUUAUGCGUGAGAAAUAAGUCCUCAUGACAACUGACGUAUCGAUGGGUCCUAUGCAUAAUAGUACAAGUGCAAUAAUACAACUUUACAGGAGAGCCUUUUAAAAAUUUAAAACUUUGUAAAUUUGCCAUACUUCAACAGAAAUUCUUGAAAUUUUAAAAUGUUACACCUCAGUAUUUCAAAGAUUUCAGUUGAUCUAUGACAAAUGUACAAAGUUUAGAAUGUUUAAAUGGCUCUCCUGUAGUUUUGUUUUUGCACUCAUACUAGUAUAUAUAGUACCCGUCGGUAUAUACAUUCACAGUGAUUACACACGCGCAGUUUGUGACUGUGUUCACGCCCCAGCUUUAGGUAAUCGACCUAUAACGUCCACACAUAUAUAAGUAAAUUGUUUGGAAGAACCAAAUUAAUAUAUUUAUGACACUAAUGCCCGUUUUCAUCCCCUUAGUGGAUGUGUAACGAAAUCUAUUGUAGUCCGUAAAUAUGAAAACUACUAAGCAGUGUAUAAACUGACCGUAUGUCGUGCUUACGAGAAAGUGCAGCGAAACGUAGAUCGAAGCUGGUUUUGACAAUUCAUGACCUGCCGCGUAUCUUAUCACGUAAAUAAACAUUUUACUACUGUAUAUUUUUAUUUUGGGAGCAGAUUCAAGGUGUGGUUGGAGGGUAUGAAAUACAAAGAUCAGUGAUAAUGCAUAGGCAAUUAGUGUCUUAUGAGUCAAGUAUUUGUAUAGGUUCACAAAAAUAUUAUCUAUAAAAUGUAAAUCUAAUAUAUAUAAGUAUAUAAUGUAAUGAACUUCGGGCUAAAAUAUAGAUAAUAUCGUUUGGAAUAAUUAUUCGUUGUGCAGUGUAACUGCUGGUUUUAAGUUACAGGGAUAUAUUUUACGACACAAAUGUUAUUUUACUUUGAUAUGUUCCAAUUGUGUAAGCUAUAAUACAAUAUGAGCUCCCGUUAUUUUUAAUAAAUAGUAUUAUAAUUGUAUUUCAUAGGCACAAUUAUUAUUCUCGUGUAAUGUGUGGAUAACGAAGUGCAUGUGAUCUGUAAUUACCGCGAGGGAUGCAUGUAAUCAAUAUACUGAAUAAUAAUUAUUAUAUAAGAUAACAAUAUCCUUUUUUUGUUAUUGUACUGCUUGUCAAAGUAUUUGGCAAUUAAAAAAUAUAUUAAGAUAAUAAAUAAUACGAUUGUAGCUUUUUAUAAACGAGUAGACACUUGCAUGCCUCGCCACAUCCGGAAAAAGUGCCUUGAGAUAUGUCUUUAGCGCACUUACUUUUAAAAUGGCUCUAACCUUCAACUAAGAAGUAUGUAGAUAUUUACCAUUAUUGCAUUAAUGAAGAUAUUUUAUUUCUAACAAAGGUCAAUAAUAUGAGUAAAUCUGUAUACUUUAUCCCUGUGUUGUUAUAUGUAUUAAAAUAUUUAUUGUUUAUAUUACAAAUAAGUAUCGUUUAAUAUUUACGUAGAUAGUUUAUUUGUCGAGUAGAUUGUCUACGUUGUGUUUAGGAUGCUAUUGGUUUGCUACUAAUUUGUAAAUUUUAGCCUUUGUAUAACAUAUUAAACAUUAUUAUAAUGAACAAAGUUUAGUAAGGUAAAGUAAAUAAGGAACCUUUAAGAUUAGGGUAUCUGUAUCAAAUCGAUAAGACAGUUAUUUUUAAAUUGAUAAUGUAAUAAAAUAUUGUUAAAAGCUU